UCGGCUAGGUCGGCUCCGCGCCUCCCCGCGCCUCUCCACCCGCGCGCGUCCCUCUCCAGCCACGCAGCGCAGCGCGCACGGGCCGACCGGGAUGCGCGCCCAGGCCCCGGUGCCCGCUCGCCCGCUGCCAGGCGCGAUGCGAUGACCCCUGCGGACCGUGACCGCCUCUGCGGGCAUGCCCAGGGCGCCGGGCGCGGCCUCCAAUGGGCGAGGACACGGACGCGCGCAAGAUCAACCAUAGCUUUCUGCGGGACCACAGCUACGUGACCGAAGCCGAUAUCAUCUCCACCGUCGAGUUCAACCAUACUGGCGAGUUGCUGGCCACUGGCGACAAGGGCGGCCGAGUGGUCAUCUUCCAGAGGGAGCCGGAGAGCAAACAUGCCCCCCACAGCCAGGGCGAGUAUGAUGUCUACAGCACUUUCCAGAGCCACGAGCCUGAGUUCGACUAUCUCAAGAGCCUGGAGAUAGAGGAGAAAAUCAACAAGAUCAAAUGGCUCCCGCAGCAGAACGCGGCACAUUCCCUGUUGUCCACCAAUGACAAAACCAUUAAACUCUGGAAGAUCACGGAGCGGGAUAAGCGGCCCGAGGGCUACAACCUAAAGGACGAGGAAGGGAAGCUUAAGGACCUGUCCACAGUGACGUCACUGCAGGUGCCCGUGCUGAAGCCCAUGGACCUGAUGGUGGAGGUGAGCCCACGCAGGGUGUUUGCCAACGGCCACACCUACCACAUCAACUCCGUGUCCGUCAACAGCGACUGCGAGACCUACAUGUCGGCCGACGACCUGCGCAUCAACCUGUGGCACCUGGCCGUCACGGACCGCAGCUUCAACAUCGUGGACAUCAAGCCUGCCAACAUGGAGGAGCUGACGGAGGUGAUCACGGCCGCGGAGUUCCACCCGCUGCACUGCAACCUGUUCGUGUACAGCAGCAGCAAGGGCUCCCUGCGGCUCUGCGACAUGCGUGCAGCCGCCCUGUGCGACAAACACUCCAAGCUGUUUGAGGAGCCCGAGGACCCAAGCAAUCGCUCCUUCUUCUCGGAGAUCAUCUCCUCCGUGUCAGAUGUGAAGUUCAGCCACAGUGGCCGCUACAUGCUCACACGAGAUUACCUCACGGUCAAGGUCUGGGACCUGAACAUGGAGGCGAGGCCCAUCGAGACCUACCAGGUCCACGAUUACCUUCGGAGCAAGCUCUGCUCCCUGUAUGAGAACGACUGUAUCUUCGAUAAGUUUGAGUGUGCCUGGAAUGGCAGUGACAGUGUCAUCAUGACCGGAGCCUACAACAACUUCUUCCGCAUGUUUGACCGCAAUACCAAGCGUGAUGUGACACUGGAGGCGUCCCGGGAGAGCGGCAAGCCUCGGGCCGUGCUCAAGCCACGGCGUGUGUGCAUGGGUAGCAAGCGGCGGCGCGACGACAUCAGCGUGGACAGCCUGGACUUCACCAAGAAGAUUCUACACACGGCCUGGCACCCAGCCGAGAACAUCAUCGCCAUCGCUGCCACCAACAACCUCUACAUCUUCCAGGACAAGGUCAACUCUGAGAUGCACUAGGCAUGUGCAGAAGCACCCGGCCGGCCGGCUGGCCAGGGCAGCCUCAGAGUGGCUGCAGGGGCCGGGAGCAGUGGUCACUGUGGCUCUGUCCGUCCCCAGGGCUGGAGAGGACCCAGGGCCUGUGCUGGUCAUGGCCUGCUUCCAAGGCGGGGAGUAGGCUCCCUGGUGCCCCCUGGUGGGAGUUCUUUUCUGCAAAGGCUGGGGAUAGGGAUUUGGGAGGGUGGGGUCAUCCUUCCCUCCUGAAGCACCCUGCACCGAGCCCCUUGGGGAUAGUUUUCUUCUGGGGCUCUGCUGGUUCCUGAUAGAGAGAGGUUUAGGCCAGCCAGAUUAUUUGGGUUUAGAAGAAGCAAUCACCGUUGCCCUUUUCUAACCAAGUUGUGGGGGUUUUGUUGUUUGGUUUGGUGGGUUUUUAGAUGAAUACAUGAUGGGAAUUGGAAAGUUCUUUUGGUGUCUU